GAAGAAGACAACGGUAUGAGGGGGCAAAAAACGAAGUUUUAGACCACAAAUGGUUACUUUAAAUUGAAUUAUUUCCUUAAAAGAGUUUUAAAAAUUAAUGCCUGUAAGUAAAUGUGACGUGUGACACCUGUAGGGUGUUGUUCUGCCAUUAAGGCUCCUUUAAAUAGGAGUGGGCGGGGCUGCCCAGCAGAGCCAGAUUCUUGUGGGUGGCCAGGGUGACUGUUGGACUGUUUGUGCAGCAGCUGUGAGCCAUUAGGGUAAAUUUGUUUUUUUGUAAUCAUGUUUGUUUUUUAUUGUCUUUUAAAUAUUUUUAAUUUAUUUAUUUUAUCACAGGGCUACAGUAUCUGAAGGCAGACCUACAGGGUAAAUGACUGGGUGUGGGUGCUCGAUACCACAGUGAGAUUCCAAUGGCGAUGGCUGAUGAUGAUGAUGGAGGGGCAGGCUGAAGACAGUUUAAACACCCAGGUAUCAGCGUGGAGGGUGAGCGAUCAUCAACAGCACCACAGAUGGGGGUUUGCAAUAAGUAAAGUUAGCUGAAAUCUGAGACAAAUUAAACCAACGGUUUUAAAAUUCUUCAUCAUCUAACUUGUUUAGAGGCGGAUCAUCAUUAAUGCUGCAGAAGCUCCUCAUCUACACCUCUAGUCCUCAUCUUCUGACCCAUCCUCCAGAUCAGCAGCCAUGAUGAGGAACAUGUCAAAGGAUCCCUCCUCCAGAAAUGCAGAGAGAAGGAAGCCACAGGCCAAUAAAAAUCAACGACCUAAACAAAAAAGAGCUGGAAGGUGAAGCCCUUGAGUCGGCGUGGGCGACGUUAAACCCCCUCACUAUGCGUGCCGAAGUGGCUUCACGCCUGUUCCACAUAUACUAACUGCUACAUCAAGGACACCUGAUGGCCCCCCACCUCACUGCCUCAGUGCUCAGCGUGCCCCUCACCCUCUGUUGUGAUGAAGACCGCCAGCCGCACCCAGUCCUGCAGCAGUCCCUCCCUGGUCCAGAUGAGGCGCUACACUCACGAGGUCUAUCCCUACCUGUUUCCAUCAGUCAUCAGCUCCCUGCCCCAGCUGCGUCCCCCCUCACCUCAAAGAUCACAAGUUCAGCAGCCGUGCAGCAGCAGCAGCAACACACCGUCACCAGCCGCCAUCGAAACCCACAGCACCAGUUCUGAGGAGCUGGUCCCCAGCCCGCCGUCCCCACCGCCGCCUCCCCGGGUUUACAAGCCCUGCUUCGUCUGCCAGGACAAGUCCUCGGGAUACCACUAUGGUGUCAGUGCAUGUGAGGGCUGCAAGGGCUUUUUCCGCCGAAGCAUCCAGAAGAACAUGGUUUACACGUGUCACCGGGACAAGAACUGCAUCAUCAACAAGGUGACCAGGAACCGCUGUCAGUACUGCCGCCUGCAGAAGUGCUUCGCAGUGGGAAUGUCCAAAGAGUCUGUUCGGAAUGACCGCAAUAAGAAGAAGAAGGAGAGUCCGAAGCCGGAUCUUGCUGAGAGCUACGAGCUGUCGGCCGAGCAGGAGACCAUCAUCGAAAAGAUCCGUAAGGCCCAUCAGGAAACCUUCCCAUCCCUCUGCCAGCUGGGCAAAUACACCACGAACUCGAGCGCAGAUCACCGAGUCAGACUUGACCUGGGCCUGUGGGACAAGUUCAGCGAGCUGGCCACCAAGUGCAUUAUCAAGAUCGUGGAGUUUGCCAAACGAGUGCCUGGCUUCACGGCGCUGACCAUCGCCGAUCAGAUCACGCUCCUGAAGGCCGCCUGUCUCGACAUAUUGAUCCUCCGCAUCUGUACGAGGUACACCCCCGACCAGGACACCAUGACCUUCUCCGACGGACUCACCCUCAACCGCACACAGAUGCACAACGCCGGCUUCGGCCCCCUGACCGACCUGGUUUUCACUUUCGCCAACCAGCUGCUGCCCAUGGAGAUGGACGACACGGAGACGGGCCUCCUCAGCGCCAUCUGUCUCAUCUCGGGAGACCGUCAAGACCUGGAGGAACCCUCCAAGGUGGACCAGCUUCAGGAGCCGCUUCUGGAAGCUCUGAAGAUCUACGUGAGGAAGCGGCGACCGAGCAAACCUCAUAUGUUCCCCAAAACCCUGAUGAAGAUCACAGACCUGCGCAGCAUCAGUGCAAAAGGAGCAGAACGUGUCAUCUCGUUGAAGAUGGAGAUUCCAGGCUCCAUGCCCCCCCUCAUCCAGGAGAUGCUGGAGAACUCGGAUGGUCAGGACGGCCAGAGCAGCGGCAACACUUCCACCAAGGCCGGUGCCGCCCCCAGCAGUACAGACAGUCCCCCUAAGGCCUCUGAUGCACCAGAGUCACCAGAGUCCUUGGACAAUGAGGGGGGCGCCGCAACAUCAUCCAGUGAUGAACCCUAAGGGGAAGUUAAAAAAACAAAGACAAGACAAAAAACGCUGUAUCGUCCCAACUCUCAAAACUAAUGCAAACUAAAAAUUCUGUUUUUUUUUUUUUCAUUCUCUGUGGAUCGUUCUGGAGGAUAAGCUCUGAGUGAAUCUUUCUGGACUGAGUUUAUGUUGUGGGGAGUCACUGUAAAACAGGACAAGGGGGCGUGGCCCUUAAAAAACCACCAGGGAUAUGAAGCUCAUCUGGUUUCUGUGUAAAUUCUAACCUGCAUGAGGUCAUCCGCUGUACAUACCAUGGAGAGCUUCUUCUGUUCUUUUCAUGCAUUCAGAGGGCUGUUUUACAGUCCUAAAGGUCAGGCAGGCGUCAAGGUUGAAAACAGGCUGUUAGCAGUCUGGAAAUAACACGAGACUGACUGACUGAAAACCAGUUUAUAACAGUCAAAGAAACAGGCUGAUGGCAGGUGGAAAGCACUCUGAAAACAAGUUUAUAGCGGUCUGACAGUCUGGAAGCAGACUAGUAUUAGACUGACAGACUGAAAAUAGCUUUAUAACAGUCAGAAAACAGGCUGACGGCCGGCAGACAGCCUGAAAACAAGCAGAUGGCAGGUGGAAAACAGUCUAAAAACAAGCUGAUAGCAGGCUGACGUAUAGAAACAGGCUGAAAAUAGCCUGGAGACAGACUAAUAUUAGACUGACAGACUGAAAACAGUCCAAUAACAGUAAGAAAAAAGGCUGAUGGCAGUCGGACAGUCUAAAAGCUUGUAGCAGUAGCAGUCUACAAGCUGAUGGCAGGUUUAAAACAGGCAUACAGUCGGCUGAAAACAGUCAGGAAACAAGUUUAUAGCAGUUUAAGAGUCUGGAAAUGUGUUUAUAACAGUCAGAAAACAGACUGAUGCCAGGAUGACAGUCUUAAAAACUCACGAUAACAAUCUGAAAACAGGUUAAUAUAGUCUGGCAGACUGAAAACAGUCAGAAAACAGGGUGACAGCAGCCUGACAGUCAGGCUUAGAGAUGGCUGAAAACAGUCGGAAAACAGACUCAUGGCAGGCUGAGAGUCUGACGAUAUCAAUCUGAAAACAGGUCAACAUUAGACUGACAAGCAGAAAUCAGCCGGUCGGUAGACUAACAGCUGCUUGAUAAUAGUCCAAUUUUAGGCUGAUUUAAGCGGAUACUUCAGUCUAAGACUGUAAGCAGACAAAAACAGGAAGAUAGCGUUUAAGAAACAGGCUGUCUGAUUGUCUGAAAAGGGCUGAAAACAGUCCUGCAGGUGCUCUUUUGAAUGUUGUUGCUCACAGACAUCAUGAAGGUAACUUUUUGUUUUUUCUUAUUUUUAUAGCGUCUCUGACUCGUUUACAUUCCUUCAGGCUCUCGUCUAACUCCGCCCUCCCAGCAGACAUGAUCAAAAAAUACUGAAAGUUAAUUUUUCUGAGGCCGAACUGAAAAUAAAAGGAGACUUUUUAAAUGUUAGCCUUUAGAAACCAUUCGGGAGAUUAUCAGUCUUCAUCAAGUUCAGUCUGACUCUGUUUUAGUGAGUUACUGUUUCAGCCUUAUGACUCCACCCACUCCAUCGCCAUCGCCAAUGCAGCGCAGACUACAAAAUGUUAGCAUGAGGAGGACACAGCAGCCUGCCGUGAACCUCCUCCCAGACCAUGCAGGGUCUUAAUGCACACUCCUUCAUCACUCCCCUAUUAGUCCUCGUCAAGGGGGCGGGGACUCCGAGGUGAUGCUGCGGCGUGUAUGCAUGCAUGCUGCAAUAAACUCGAAUGUGUGUUGAUGCGAAGAAUCAGGAACCAAGACUUGGGCAGAAGGUCCUGCAGAGAACAGCUUUUGUAGUGUUAGCUUCAGCUACAACAAAAAACCAAUACUGCCACCUAGAGUUUGGAGGAGAGACUGAGAGCAGAACUGUGCACAGAACAUUCCAGAUUGUAGCUGCUAGAGCCCUCCUCACGUGCACCAGAUCACACUUUUGGCUCCGUUACCGAUUGGAAAAGUGGCAUUUCUUCUACGCCGUUUAUGCUAAUAUUUGCCGAAUUCAAGUAGGGAGUGUCUGUUGGACAGAACUCUCAUAUGCUUUGUAAGAAAAGUCUAAAAUCUUUGCUUCUCUAUUGUUGCUGAUUUCUGCACUAAAUCUAUUUUAGAUUUCCCUUUUGCUAAAUUUCUGAUAUAUAUAUUUCCGGGUGUUAGUGAACCGUAUUUACCGAACAUUUGAAUGGUGCCUGAUCUCAGUCUGUGUACAUUUUUUUUCGUUAGAGGCAGACGCUGCUAACAAACGCCACCUCGAGCUAGCGCUCUUCUGUUCAACCGGUGGAGGGGGCCCGUGCAGGAGCAUGUAAAAGACGACGCUUGUUGCUAAUUCUACAAAGAACGGCGCAGAAACCACGUGACCAUGAAUGUAAGAGUUGCUCUGUGCCUGCAGGAACAGCAGGGGGCAGCGCCGCCACCGUCAGGUGUUCCCAGUGAACAUCAGUGUCUUCAGACUCCGCCUCCACCACCUCAGCAGUCAAAUGCAGUGUUGUACAGUUGUGUAAAUCUGGAGGAGGGCAGCUGUGCACUUAUCAUAUCAGCUACCGCUGCCCAUCCCCCCUCCUCCAUGGACUCUGCCUGUGUUUCAAAAAUGUCUGUUUGUAUCCUAACAUUUGCUUUUUAUGGUCAUGUGCUCUUUAACAUGAGCUGUCCUCUUAAAGUAAUAAAGUAUAUUUAUUUUAA